AUGCCUCGCAUUCCCAAGCAGGCGCAGACGGAGCACUCGACCACCUUCGAUCCAGACAAGUUCUUCGAGGACUGGAGUAAACAAGAGUCGCAAGCCUUCCUCUACCGCAAUGACUUUCGAAAGUUCGUCCUCAAUGCCUUUGGGCUGAAUUUCAGAGACGACUAUGUCUACAAGGCCACCGCCGAAGUGACCCUACUCCAAGCGCAGACAUACCUCGAAUUCGGCGCGCAGGGAGGUCUCCAUGCGUGGUAUAGGGAUGAAGCAGGAGAAGCAAGACCUUCACCUACCGCCUCCGACAUCGCCGCCUACACCGACAUCUUCAAAUCGACGACAAGCACCAGCAAGGCUUUGACUGCGCUUGCGUCGAAUGCGAAGAAAGACUCCGUUCGCGCUGAUGUCGCCAAACAUCUCCAGUCGCACUACGCCCCUCCCAACGCGUCGCGGAAUCUUGUGGUGAAUAAGUCCAAGAGUCAUGUCAAUCCAUACUUCGACGUCUGGGCGUGGUCGAAUCAGAAUCUAGAAUGGGGUGGUCCGGAAGAGAGGACCGUUCAUGUCAAGAUCAGUCAUGCGAUACUGCCUAUUCUGUAUCACCAUUUCGGAUGCGUGUGUCCGUCAUACGAAGCGUUGUCAUACAUACAGCAAGUGGCUCGAGGACGGACGAUCCUGGAUGUGGGCAGUGGGAAUGGAUACUGGACGUACAUGCUUCGGCGGUUUGAGAGCAGUCCGAAGAAGAAGCUGAAUGUGACGGCGAUUGACAAUGGCCAGAGCGAGUGGAGGACGUUGUGGAUUGGAGAUACUGUUGAGACGGAUGGGGAUAAGUGGUUGAAGCAGCACGAUGGUGGGAAGGAUGAUGUUCUGCUGCUGGUGUAUCCGGUUGUGGGUAAUGACUUCACGUCGAAGAUGUUGAAGGCUUACCGAGGUACAACGAUCAUCUCGGCUGGUGCACAGAACGCCAGCGGCUUCACUGCUUUCGCAAAAGAAACGAUCGCGGACUGGAUGGCAAGGGAAAUGCCGGACUGGGAGAAGGUCUUGCAAGUUCCGCUCCCGUCGUUUGCGGGCAAGGACGAGGCGCUGUUCAUCUUUGAGAGGAAGAGCGACGUCAAGUCUUGA